AUGAGGGCAGGGCCGGGGAGUGAGCAGGGGGCCGCUCCAGGCGGCGGGGGUGAGGACCCCUCGUCGACGGCACCUCCCGCGGCGAGGCCGGUCCGCGAGCCCCAGGUCCCAGCCCUCGCGCUCCGGACCGUCCCCGUGCAGACGCGAGUCUGCGCGGCCGCCGCGAACCUCAGUAUCCAGGAAGAGCAAGGCGCGCCGGGAACGGCGAGCGCAAACUGCAACUCCCAGGAGGCUUUGCGGAGGAGGAGGAGGAGCGAUCUUCGCGGGCCAAUAGGGACGAAGGGGUGGGCACGCGCUUCUGGCCCAGGGGGCGGGGAUGCGGAGGGCGCGCUCCGGACUGAUUGGCUGGAGGGGCGGAGGCGGGACUUCGGAGGGUGCGCCCGGGACAGACUGGCCCGGGGCUCCCAGGACCCUUGUAGGGCGCGUGUCCCGGCGGCUGUCAUGGAAGGAACUAGCGGCGGCUUCCGGAAAGAGCUGGUGGGCAAGCUGCUGCAGCUGCAUUUUAAGGAUGACAAGACCAAAGUCAGCGGGGAUGCAUUGCGGCUCAUGGCGGAGCUGCUGAAGAUCUUCGUUGUGGAAGCAGCCAUCCGCAGCGUCCGGCAGGCCCAGGCGGAGGACCUGGCUCUCGUGGACGUGGACCAGCUGGAAAAGGUGUUGCCUCAGCUGCUCCUGGACUUCUAGGGGCUCCCACCCCCACUGCGGCCUGCUGUCCAAGUCAAGGCUAAAGCCCCGUGCCCACGUUUCGGUGGCCUCCGGCUACAGACAAGCAGCUCCUGAUACCCGACAUUCUCCGCCGGCCCCAAGGGCUGAGCUGGGUCCUGGCAGACAGCCCACCCUUCCUGGUGUCUCCUCUGCCUCGCUGCUGACCGCCUGGACACAGCAGAUGGGGUGGGGAAGGUCGCUGAGGGGACGGGGAGGCAGGCGUCUUCCCCUCACACCCACGGGUGUCAGGGAAGCGCCCGGUCCUCCGAAUGCAGGUGCCAGGAAGCAGCGGGGUGCCGCUGGAGCAGGUGGCCUGUGCGCCUUCUCCGAGUGAGCGGAGGUGCGCACGGUCCUGACACCCCGACAUCAAAGCUGCUGUGUAACCUUUUAACCAUUUGAUAUUCCCCUCAGAAGGUGCUUCCCUGAGCCAUAAAUUUGCUCUCACAAGGCAACAUCAAUAAAUCAAAGCCGCCUCUCGG